AUGACUCCUUUUGAAGCAUUAUAUGGUUUCUCACCUCCACAACUGGCUCUAGGACCCUACCUGCAGUCCAGGGUAGAUGCAGUAGGAGAAUACAUCAGGGAAAGGCAACAAUUGGAUAACAUGUUGAAACAGAACCUGAAGCAGGCUCAGGAAAGGAUGAAGAAGUAUGCUAAUGAGAGGAGGAGUGAAAGGGAGUUCAGUGUGGGUGAUUGGGUGUACCUACGGCUACAACCUUAUAGACAGAGUUCAGUGGCUCUGAGGGGAAAUACUAAGCUAUCAGCAAGGUAUUUUGGCCCAUACCAGAUAGAGGAAAGGAUUGGAGGUGUAGCCUACAGGCUGAGUUUGCCAAAAUCUUCAAGGGUCCACCCAGUCUUUCAUGUAUCUUUGCUCAAAAGGAAAGUAGGGAACAAAGUCACUCCUAUCCUCCAAUUACCAGAGAUAAACGAGAAGGGUCACUGGAGAGUGGAGCCAGAGGUAGUUUUGGGCAGAAGGAUGGUAAAAAAGAAGAAUGCUGCGGUAACUCAGUGGCUGAUCCACUGGUGGGGAACUGACCCUACAGAAGCUACCUGGGAGGAUGCUGAGGAGAUCAAAGCACAGUUCCCUACGUUUCAAUCUUGA